AUGAGGUUCAUCAAGUUCCGCUUGUUUCGGCCUCAGACCAGACCAAUCGAUGGAGACAUUCUGACCGAAAAUGCCACAACAAAGGCCGUCGUUGGCACACCUGGCCUGACCUCAGCGUCGCACCGUCCAAGGCCCGAGAUUCAAGGCACCGAUGGGGAGACCGUUGUUGACUCGACUCCUACCCAAGAUCAAACGAUGAGUGGCAACAAUCACCGUUCUGUAACUGUGCUUGGGAGAAGAGACUUGCCUUUGACACAGAAACUAUGGAACAUGGCGGUAGAUCAGUUUAUAGACCAGUUGCAGUCCAAGGACAGAACUGCUGUCCUCGCAUGGAAGAACAGUCAAGGACUUUCGGUGGAGGACAUUGACUGCAUCCUUGCGCCUUUGAAACAGUCGUAUCUCAAGGGGAAAUCACAUCGCGUGAUGAGAACUGCAUACCCUUUCCUUGAUCACUUGAAGUCCUUCGGCACAGUGGUCGACGUGUGUAUGCAGGCGGACCCGACGCCAGGUGCAUUAAUAUGGGGGCUCGUCAGGCUGGUUCUGGAGAUUUCCACGAGAUCCAUCGAGCUCUACGAGUUAAUUGAAGAGAUGCUGGAGUCGAUCUCCGCGCAGUUGCCUUUGUUUGAGGCCUGGCUUCGCCUCUUUGCGGAAUCGGAUCACACUGAAAUCUCGGAAUGUGUUACUCAAACAUGCUGUCAAUACCUGGACUUCCUGGUCAACACCAUCAACUAUUUUCGGUCUUCUCAAACAGUGAACAUGUUGAAAGGAGCAACGCUACCAAAGUUUCGAACAGACUUCUACAAACGCCGAGAGAAAAUUCGACGCCUCACAGACCAUUUAAUGGUGCAGGUCCAUACGGCAGGUCUUAUCGCCCACGACAACAGACAUCGAGAGCUGCGCGGGCUCAUCACAAGCGGAACUUCCACCUCUACAGGGGAUCCUUCGGAUGUUAAGCUGCCUAUGUACUUCCUCCAAGAAAUGCUUCGCAACAGUCGGUUCUUCGGCAGGAAGGAGGAACUUGCAAGAAUUGAGAAGGCGUUACAAGAAGAUACGGCCCGUAUGUCAAGUGUAGUACUGCAUGGGAUCGGUGGUUGUGGAAAAUCGACUUUGGCUCUUGAGUAUGCGUACCUGAAGAUGAAGGAGUACGAUAUCAUCGCUUGGCUUCAUGCAGAUUCCAAGUCGAAACUGGAGGAUCAAUUCAGCUUGUUCGCGAUGAAAUGUGGUCUAGUGGAAGAGUCCAAGAGCAUGGAUCGCGUCUAUGAGACGGUUCUAAACUGGCUAGCGACGUGUUCUUUCAGGUGGUUGCUGAUCUACGACAACGCCGAUGACGCCGAUGUCUUGGCCGCGUACUGGCCAAAGUCUACCAAAGGAUCCGUCAUAGCGACGAGUAGAGAUCCAACGAUUAGACGAAGUGGACUCGCGGCGGCAGGUCUCAGAGUUGGAGUCUUCGAGCUCAAAGAAGGACGCAACUUUUUCAAGUCACAGUUGACAUGGGAGGAAGAUCUGGAGUCAUCGCCAGUGGAGGUUUCAGCCAUCGACGAACUGGUUUGCGAGUUUGAUGGACUACCCAUUGGACUAUGCACCGCUGCGGUGUACAUGGACACCAAACAGUAUAGUCCGUCAAGAUUUUUGCGUCUAUACAAGCAGAGAAAGGAGGCCGUCACCACGCUGAAAAUGCCAAAUGUUGGAAAAACUCUCCAGACGCUCUGGGAUGUGUCCCUCGACUCGUUGACUAGGGACGGGGAAGACUACCUCUGCAGAUUGGCCUUUCUGGAUCCGGACAGUAUUGCCAUGGACCUGUUCGAGGACGAGCUAGCCACGGUGACAGACGAUCCAAACAAAUCGGCAAUGAGAACCGGGGAGGAAUUAUUCCACGACGCCCUUGCAGAUUUAACAAGCAAGUCGCUAGUCGAAGUGAAUAGAAUCGCGCGAACAAUCAAGUUGCACCGCUACCUUCAAUCAGUAAUGCAGGCAAGAGUCAAAACGGAUGAUACAAGACAUGAGCGCGUUUUCAGAGACUGUCUCUCUUUACUGAGGGCAAGGUUGCCUCGGACAGGCUUCGGCUACCAUCGAAAACCUCAAUUUUGGGACAUUCGCAGGGCACACGGGCCGCAUGUGGAUUUCCUUUCGGCGCGUCUGGCACCAGAUUUUACCGAUUUGACAGCGACGGCACUUCUCGAACUAGUAUCAGAUCAUAUUUUCUUCCACGUAGAGACGUGUCAAGUUGACUUGGCUUUGGCAAUGCUAGACACAGCCAAGAAAAUCAUGAACGGGCGCAACAUGGACCAGCGAACUCUCUCAUUUCUUUUCUACGUCGAGGGUCUCAUCUGCAAUGACACGAACCACCUAGAAGAGGGAGUGGAGAGCUUUGGUAAGGCGCGCGAUCUACUCGAGGACGCGAUGAAACAAGAACCCCGGGUUCUAAUGGACACGAAAAAUCUUUCGCACAUUUAUAGUUCCAUGGGCAACACGUUGACCAGCUACAACAGAUUUGCGGAGGCUGAAAGAAGCCAUCGAAAGGCCAUCAACCUCUACCUUGAAGCCAAUGAGAUUGUGGAAGAGCGUCUUGGUCGACUAUACGCCAAUCUGGGAUCUUGUCUCCUGUGGAAAGGCGACCUGAUAGCGGCCGAGGCAACCCUACAUAAGGCUCUUCUUCACUAUGAUCGAAAGCUAUGUUGUACCUUGUACGCCUUGGGCAACGUUUAUCUGGCACAGCGGCGGAUCCAGCGCGCAUACGAAGUGCAUUUAGAGACACUCGAAAUCUUCUCGAAACGUCUAGGUCGCUCUCAUCCAGUGACAGCUGACUCCUGCUUCAAAGUCGGUCGCAUCCUGUCGAUGGAAGAAUUCCCAAAUGCCAAUUUACGUCGUGCUGAGGCGUAUUUGCGAAAAGCACUUACAAUCUAUGAAGUGUGUGCUUCAAAGGCGAAUCAAGACUCAGAGGUCCUGGUGGCGAGGGCUCAAUUCAAGUUGGCGACAGUGCUGGAAAGGUUAGAGGCCAAAAAAAUUCUUCCGAUUGAAGAUGGUGACACAACUCGUGUUGAUGCUGUCAUUGACCCUGGCGGUGGUGGUGGCACGCUCGAUCUUCCUGGCGGCGUGGCAGCUGGUAGAGAGUCGUCAGCUAUGCUUCGGGAGCGCGGACUGCUGACCUUACGGACGAGGCUGGGACGGGAUCAGGCGAUUCCAAGCGACCCGGAUGGUAUCAUGCAUGCUUUCGAUGGGCUUGUGUUCUAUUGGAGCAGAUAG